AUGAUAUUGGAGCUUUGUGAUAAAAUGCCUAACCCAAUGGGACAAUCAUCUGUUGAUUGUGCAAAGAUCCCUUCCAUGUCUAAUGUUUCCUUCAUCAUUGGAGGAAAAAUGUUUGACCUUGCCCUACAAGUGUACAUACUGAAGGUAGGUGAAGGCCCUCAAGCCCAAUGCAUUAAUGGAUUUACUGUUUUGGAUGUUUCUCUUCCACGUGGCCUACUCUGGAUCCUUGGAGAUAUCUUCAUGGGGCGCUAUCAUACAAUCUUUGAUUAUGGUAAACUCAGAGUUGAAUUUGUCAAAGCAGCAUAG